UCGGUCGUUGCCAAUUGUGACGUUUCUGUCCAGUCUCUCGCGAAACAUCAAUCGCUUUGCAAGCACGGAACGUUGUAACGCGUCCGGACAACACUCCGUGGAUGUUGUGACACGAUUUUUUCUCGAUCGUUCGUAUAGCCAAGAGGAUGCUGAACCAGGUGCAGCCGGACUUUCUCGAGCCCAGGUCGGAAAAUGUAGAAAAAGUUACGAGAUCAAAACCAAGGGCAAGGAGUGACGAAGGCGAUUAUAAUUUCAAUCAAAACAAUUAUAGAAGUUCAUUUUAUGAAGAAGCAUUUAGGCAAUCAAUAGAAAACCCUGAAAAAUUUUGGGCAGAAAUAGGGCAAUGCGUCGAUUGGAGUAAACCAUGGGACAAAGUUUUGGAUAAUUCCAACGAACCGUUUACAAAAUGGUACGUCGGCGGCGAGACAAACACCUGCCACAAUGCCGUGGAUCGGCACGUGGCAGCGGGUCUCGGCUCCAAGGCAGCUCUCAUCUAUGACAGCCCGAUGCUCUCUCUUACGCGAAAAGUGACUUACGCUGAGCUUCUCGAUGGUACGUCGCGACUGGCCGGUGCUCUUAGCAAACUCGGAGUGAAGAAAGGCGACCGCGUCCUCAUUUACAUGCCUCUCAUACCCGAGACUGUAAUGACGAUAUUAGCUACGUCGAGACUCGGCGCCGUCCAUUCCGUCGUAUUCGGUGGAUUCGCCUCUAAGGAACUCGCAACGCGAAUAAGCCACGCAGAACCGAAAGUUAUAGUUGCUGCCAGCUGUGGUCUCGAGCCUAAUAAAAUUGUCAAGUGAGUUCUGUUUCAUAAUUAUUCCUAAUCCUCGAAACAGUGGGUGCCUAAACCCCAAUGCAUCAUUUACCAACGACGAAAUGUUUGGGAAGCGCCUCUAACGAGCUCCCAACUGGACUGGCAGGAACUCGUUGACAAUGCCGAGCCUCAUCCAUGCGUACCUGUCGAGGCCAAUCAUCCCCUAUAUAUCCUUUACACGUCCGGGACAACAGGUGACCCAAAAGGUAUCCAACGACCAGUGGGUGGUCACAUAGUGACCCUCUGCUGGAGCAUGCACGCAAUUUAUGGAAUGGAUAAGAACUCUGUGUGGUGGGCCGCCUCGGAUCUCGGUUGGGUCGUCGGCAUUUCCUACAUCUGCUACGGGCCGCUCCUCUAUGGAGCCACCAGUGUUAUGUAUGAGGGCAAACCUGAUAGAACUCCAGACGCCGCCCAAUACUUCAGGAUCAUAGAUCAGCACAAAGUCAACGCUCUUUUUACCGUACCAACUGCCUUCAGAGUAUUAAGGAGAGCGGAUCCAGAUACGCUAUUAGGAAGGAAAUACUCGACAAAAUCGUUGAGAGCAAUCUUUGUCGCGGGUGAACACUGUGAUUACGAGGCGAAGAUCUGGGCAAAAAAGGCGUUCAACGUGCCAAUAUUGAAUCACUGGUGGCAGACAGAAACCGGGCAUGCCAUCACCGCCACAUGCCCGGGACUCGGACACUCUCUCAAUCCACCGAGAUAUAGCACCGGUUUGCCCAUACCCGGAUACUUAGUUCAGGUUCUGAGAGAAGAUGGCAGUAUGACGAAGGUCAACGAACUCGGUAGAAUCGCCAUCAGAUUGCCGCUACCCCCCGGCACCAUGUCAACCCUUUACCGAGCGCACGACAGAUUCAAGGACAUCUAUUUCUCCAAGUAUCCUGGAUUCUACGAUACGAUGGAUGCCGGUUACAUCGAUGAGUUCGGUUAUGUGUAUGUAACAGCACGUGACGACGAUGUCAUAAAUGUAGCUGGACAUCGACUAUCAACCUCCGCUUUAGAAGAUGUCAUUCUUGGUCAUCCGGAAGUUAUUGACACCGCAGUUGUUGGCGUCCCUGAAAAUACUAAGGGUGAAAUUCCUCUCUGUCUUUACGUUAUAAAAAAUGAUAGUAUGAAAGAUGAAUGUGAGAUCAAUAAGGAAUUGAUAUCUCGUGUUAGGGAACUGAUUGGACCUAUUGCUUGCUUUAAAGUUGUUGGAGCAGUUACGGCAUUACCAAGAACGCGAUCGGGUAAAACCUGUCGAAAAUCUAUUGCAACACUUGCACGUUCGAAACCUGUUAAGAUUCCAAGUACAAUUGAUGAUCCAACAGUCUAUCCCGAAAUUAAGAAGGUUUUGCAAAAAUUAGGUUAUGCGAAAUUGGCACCUGAUCCAGAAUAGAAGGCAAAUAUUAAAUUCAUUAAGCCUCAGUUAUAUUAUAUAUCGAGUGAAUUUAACCAAUUACAAAAA